GUUGCAGUUAGCGCCUAGUUGUACAGUGGCGUUGUAAUUAUAUACAUCGGUUGUUCACAUAACCUCAUAGAUAGGUUAUAUAGGUUAUACAAUCUCAGAUAAAUCUAAUAUACAAUGUCAAAAAAACAGAAAGUGAGAAUUUACAAUACGAAGAAAAAACCAUUUCCUGAAACAAAAAUAAUUACUAAUCUACAAUCUAAAUAUGAUACUAUCGAUGAAACGAAAAUAACAGAAUUUACAGAUCUUCCACUUUCACCAAAAACCUUGAAGGGUCUGACAGAAAAUAAUUAUAUUGAAAUGACAGAUAUUCAAAGACAAAGUAUUGGAUUAGCAUUGCGUGGAAAUGAUAUAUUAGGAGCAGCAAAAACUGGCAGUGGGAAAACUUUGGCGUUUCUUAUUCCAGUCUUAGAGAUAUUGUAUUGCAAACAAUGGACAAGAUUAGAUGGACUCGGUGCACUUAUUAUUACACCAACCAGAGAACUAGCUUAUCAAAUAUAUGAAACACUAAGAAAAGUUGGUCAACAUCAUGAUAUUUCUGCUGGUCUUAUCAUUGGUGGGAAAGAUCUAAAAUUUGAAAAAAGACGUAUGGAUCAAUGCAAUAUUGUUAUAUGUACUCCUGGUCGUUUGUUACAACAUAUGGAUGAAAAUCCAUUAUUUGAUUGUAUAAAUAUGCAGGUAUUGGUAUUAGAUGAAGCUGAUAGAUGUUUAGAUAUGGGUUUUGAGCAAACCAUGAAUUCUAUUAUUGAGAAUCUACCUCCAAAACGGCAAACUCUUUUAUUUUCUGCAACACAAACAAAGUCUGUAAAAGACUUGGCCAGAUUGAGUUUGAAAGAUCCUAUGUAUGUGUCUGUUCAUGAACAUGCUACACAUACCACACCUGAAGCACUUGAACAAAGUUAUGUUGUUUGCGCUUUAGAAGACAAAGUUUCAAUGUUAUGGUCAUUCAUACGAAAUCAUUUAAAACGAAAAAUUAUUGUUUUUUUCUCUAGUUGUAAGCAGGUAAAAUAUAUAUUUGAAGUAUUUUGUCGAUUAAGACCGGGUAUAAGUUUGUUAUCACUUUAUGGUACCUUACAUCAACUUAGAAGAAUGGAGAUUUACGAAACUUUUUGUAAAAAACAAUCUGCAGUUUUGUUUGCAACUGAUAUUGCUGCUCGUGGUUUAGAUUUCCCUGCUGUGGAUUGGGUUGUACAAAUGGACUGUCCUGAAGAUGUAAAUGCUUAUAUACAUCGUGCUGGUAGAACAGCUAGAUUUCAACGAAAUGGUGAAUGCUUGUUGGUUUUAUUACCAUCUGAAGAAAAAAUGAUUGAGAAACUUAAAGAACGCAAAAUCCCAAUAUCCAUGAUACAAAUUAAUCCAAAUAAAUUGCAAUCUCCACAACGUAAAAUAGAAGCACUAUUAGCAAGGGAUGUUUUGUUAAAAGAAAGUGCUCAAAGAGCAUUUGUAUCAUAUAUAAAAUCAGUCUUCUUAAUGAAAGAUAAAGAAGUCUUUAAUGUUCGUGCAUUAAAUACCGAUUUAUUUGCAAGAUCUUUAGGUUUAGCCAUACCUCCAAGAAUUCGAUUCCUUCAAAGAAUAGAACAAAAACAACGAUCUGAUAAAAAUAGUGAAAAAAUGAAACAAUUUACUGCUAAUGAUAAAUUAAACUGCAAUGUAGAUGAGCAAAUAAGUGACUAUAAAGGAAAUAAAGAAGAAGAAAUUAGAUCUCAGACAAUGAAUCCAAAUAACUUUGCAUUUGAUGAUAGCGAUGAUGAUGAUAUAUUAACUGUGAAACGAAAAAAUAUAAACCUUGAUGAUAUACCAAUUGAAAUCAAUGAUGAACAGGACGAAAAUGUGAACAAAAAGAAAGCCGUUACAAAAGCCGCAAUAGCUAAAAAAAUUCUUCGAAAAAAAAUAGUACCAAAUAAAAAAAUUACUUUUGAUGAUAGAGGAGAGGAAUUACUAAAUCCCUCUAAAGAUAAAGUUUCCGAAUUAGCUAGACAAUAUGAAAAUGAAGAAGGUUCUGGAAUUAACAUAGAAAUAGCUAAGCAGAUAUUACACGAAGAAGAUAAAUUUGAUAAGCAACGCUUUAGAGAAAGAGUAAAAGAAAAACAUAGGGAAGAAAAAAGAAAACUAAAAGCUAGCAGGAAGGAAAUAAAUGAUAAAGAUGAUGAAGAUGAUCAAGAUGAAAUUAAGAAUACUAUAAACGACUAUGCUAGUGAGGAAGCAGACAGUGAUUUAGAUUUAUCCUGGUUACCAGAUCCAGAUAAAAUUUAUGGCAAGCAGCAAGAAAAUUAUGAAGAAAUUAUGAAUGUUCCAGAAACACAGGAAAGUGAAGAAGAAAGCAGCAUACAUAGAUUACCUAAAAGAAAACUCAUAACACAAGAUGAAUACAAAAAGAAAAAGAAGAAACAAAGAACAUGUCAUGAAAUAGACAAUGCAGAUUUAAAAGUAGACGAGGAAUUAGCAUUACAACUUCUACAAAAUUGAAUUAUUAUAGGAUUUUCACUGAUCAAGAUUUUAAUCAUUUUUACAUAUUCUAUAAUACAAUAUUGUUAAUACUAAAUAUUUUUCAUUAUCUAAACAUCUUGUAAAUGAAAUAAAUUAAAUUAAGUCCUCGGA